AUGGGCUUCUCGAUGAAAAGAGGCACCGGAGGAUUUCUCGUCUACCUUCUCGUGGGUUUCUCCGUCGCCAUCUUCUCCGUUUCUUACGUCGGAGAUACAAACCCUAGCGUUCAUCAUCUCUCUUCCUCUUCUCCACUCUCUGUGAUCGUAAAAGUUUGGCCGGAUCUGAAGUUUAGCUGGCAACUUGUGGUGGCUACUAUAAUAGCGUUUUUAGGAUCAGCGUGUGGGACGGUUGGUGGCGUUGGAGGCGGUGGAAUAUUCGUUCCUAUGCUCACUCUCAUUCUUGGGUUUGAUACAAAAUCUGCAGCUGCAAUCUCAAAAUGUAUGAUAAUGGGAGCAUCUGCAUCAUCAGUUUGGUACAACGUAAGAGUUCGUCAUCCAACAAAAGAAGUACCCAUCUUAGACUAUGAUCUUGCUCUCCUCUUUCAACCAAUGCUUCUUCUCGGCAUCACUGUUGGUGUUUCUCUAAGUGUUGUCUUCCCUUACUGGCUCAUCACUGUCCUCAUCAUCAUUCUUUUCGUUGGUACUUCUUCAAGAUCUUUUUUCAAAGGCAUUGAAAUGUGGAAGGAGGAGACUUUGUUAAAGGUUAGGUUAGUUUUAAUCAACUCAGAGUAUAAGCCGCUUUACCCUAGAGAAGAGAAGUCAGAACUAGAAAUAAUAAGGUCUAACCUAAAGUGGAAACGGCUUUUGGUUUUGGUGACUGUAUGGUUAGCCUUCUUGCUCAUCCAAGUUAUCAAGGCAAGUCUUCUUCUUCUUAACGAGAUUAAGGCAUGCAGCACAACAUAUUGGGUGCUUUUCGUCUUACAGUUCCCAGUUGCUUUCGCGGUGUUUGGAUUUGAAGCAGAGAGAUUGUUCAGAGAGAACAAGAAGAGGGUAAGCAGUGGCAACACUGAAUCAAUCUGUGAGGCUACUAUAGAGUGGACUCCUCUGAGUCUUAUCUUCUGUGCUCUCUGUGGACUCACUGGAGGCAUAGUAGGUGGUCUCCUUGGAUCAGGUGGUGGAUUUGUUCUUGGUCCUUUGCUUCUUGAGAUUGGAGUCAUCCCACAGGUUGCUAGUGCAACAGCUACAUUUGUGAUGAUGUUUUCGUCGUCCUUAUCUGUAUUUGAGUUCUAUCUCCUCAAGAGAUUCCCAAUACCAUACGCAUUGUACUUGAUGUUAGUAUCGAUUCUUGCCGGUUUUUGGGGACAGUUCUUUAUAAGAAAGAUUGUGGCUAUCCUUAGAAGAGCUUCCAUCAUUGUCUUUGUUCUCUCGGGAGUCAUUUUCGCUAGUGCUCUCACAAUGGGAGUGAUUGGGAUAGGCAACAGCAUAAAGAUGAUACACAACCAUGAGUUCAUUGGGUUCUUGGGCUUCUGCAGUAGUCAGUGAAUAGCUUGAAGAAUAUUUAAACAAAAAGUUCUAAGUGUUUUCUUUUGAUUUAUUUUGGACAAUUUCGGUUGUCCAAUAAUAUCAUUGUUAAAAGUUAUGAAUCAUAUUGUCUUUGUACAGUGUGUGUGUAUUUGCUUGUAACCCAAGUCAUUGUGAUCUGUUAUUGGUCAAUACAUCAAUUGACCAGCUCCAGAAAUAAAGGUUGUUUC